AUGACUUCAAUUUUUUAUUCCAAUCUUUCAAAGGACUUUUCCUCAAUAUUAGAUAAUGCAGAUGAUUAUAAUGUUCUUAUUAAAGUUGGUGAAAACCAAAAUAUAAAAGAAUUUCGUGCACAUUCAGUUAUUUUACGUGCUCGUUCUUCUUAUUUCAAAGGAGCUCUUUCUUCUAAUUGGAUUACGAAGCAAAAUAAUAUGAUUAUGUUUAAUAAACCAAAUGUUACUCCAACUGUAUUUGAAAUGAUUUUGAAAUAUAUUUAUUCUGGUGAGCUCGAUUUGACUAAUCAAACAAGCGAAGACAUUCUCGGAUUGUUAAUUGCAUCUGAUGAAUUACUUCUUGAAGAAUUAUUUACGUAUGUUCAAAAUUAUUUAAUUAAGAAUCAAUUUAGUUGGGUUCGUCAAAAUUUUGUUCUCGUUCUUCAUACAGUUUUUAGACUUGUCAGUUGUAAGAAAUUACAAGAUUAUUGUUUUGAAUCUAUCUGUGAAGAUCCUUUGCCAUUUAUUACUUCAAAAUCUUUUCUUUCAUUAGAUAAAGACAUUCUUUUUAAUUUGCUUGAAAGUGAUAACUUACAAAUUGAAGAAGUUACAGUUUGGGAUUAUUUAAUUAAAUGGGGUAUUGAACAAACUUCUGCUGGUUUAGGAAGUAGUAGUAAUAGUGAUAUAACAAAUUGGGAUAAUGAUAAUUAUGAUUCAUUGAAACAAAUUUUAAAUCAAUUUAUUCCUCUUAUUCGAUUUGUGGGAAUUUCUCAUAAAGACUUAUUUAAUAAAGUCUAUCCAUAUAAGGUUAUUAUCCCUAGUCAUAUUUUUAAAGAAAUUGAAGAAUUUUAUUAUGAUGGUAUUUCACCAUCUUUACCACUUAGAAUAAGACAAAUUGAAUCAAAUAUUAUUAACUUAGAGCUUAUAAAUCCAAUUAUAGUUAAUUGGAUUGAUAAAAAAAAUCCUAAAAUUCCUCGUACUGGUAAUGAUCCAUUAUAUAAAUUUAAACUUAUUUAUCGUGGUAGUAGGAAUGGAAUUAAUAGUGAAUCAUUUAAAAAUAAAUGUAAUGGUAAAUUAGCAAGUUUAGUUUUAAUUAAAAUUAAAGGAUCAAAUAAAAUUUUUGGUGGUUAUAGUUCUAUAGGUUUUAAUUCAUUAGGAGGUAUUAAAAGUGAAUUAUUAUAUUAUAAUUCAUCAAAUAACUUUAUUUUUUCUUUUGAAAAUAAUAAAGAUAUUAAAAAUAUGAAAUUAGGUCGUGUAAAAAAUUAUUCUAAAGCUAUAAUAGAUUAUAAUGAUCAUGGUUUUAAUUUUGGUUGGGCUAUGUGUAUGGUUAAUCAAAAUUUAUGUCUUAAUGAUUAUGGUUAUUAUGAAAAGAUUUUACCUACAGAUGAAAUUUUUAAUAUUGAAGAAAUUGAAACUUUUAUUGUAACUUAA